CUCGAGUGUGCUGUAGGAGGAUCUGUCUGGAGACCGACACCCGGAGCAUCAAUGAGCGAAAAGACAGAACGAUGUGGAUCCUCUCGGCGUAUAAAUUGAAGAUAAUUUUGGUGACAUUUUCUUCUUUUUAUCGCUAAAACUGUGGAUUUAUUUUUGCACACGAAGCGAGGACUAUAGCGCCGAUCCAGUGUGUGAGAUCUGCCUGCCAUUUAUGCUAAUUUAACAGACAAUAAUCAACGGCAAUACAGCCAUGAGCAUGUUAUCGUUUUGUACUCAUUGCUAGCUUGUGAUUGUACAUGUUUACAUGUAAGAUAUAAGUAUCAAGUCGUUUUAAAUGUUUUAUUAAUGACAAUAAUUCCAAUGGUGACAAUUUUCAGCUAGCAGGCAAGGUGUUUGUGAUCAAUAUAAUUAUAUAUUUUUUAAGAAGCCAGUCAUGUCUAAGAACAAGAGCAGUGAGUCGGUGAAGGUGGUUGUUCGUUGUCGACCUCUGAACCGGAAAGAGGAGUCCAAUGGGCCCUCGGGGACCAUUGUGCAGAUGGACCUACGGCUUGGACAGGUGAUCCUUAGGAAUCCUCGAGCGUCACACAGCGAACCCCAGAAAACGUUCACAUUCGAUGCUGUCUAUGAUGCCAAUUCCAAACAGCGGGAUCUGUACGACGAAAGUGUUAGGCCUCUGAUUGACUCUGUUUUGGCAGGGUUCAAUGGUACCAUUUUUGCUUAUGGACAGACUGGAACUGGAAAGACGUACACCAUGCAAGGGUUGUGGUUGGACCCCGAGAAACGGGGGGUGAUACCCAACGCUUUUGAUCACAUCUUUACGCAUAUCUCCCGCUCGCAGUCUGAUAAGCAGUACCUGGUACGGGCGUCCUACCUGGAGAUCUAUCGCGAGGAGGUCCGGGAUCUCCUGGAUCCCAACCAUGGCAACGCCCGAGGACUGGAGCUAAGAGAGAGUCCAGAGACGGGAGUCUACGUACCAGAUCUCACCUCUUGUGUCUGCAAGAGCAUCAAGGAGAUAGAAGAGGUGAUGAACGUGGGCAACCAAGCGAGAGCAGUGGGGGCCACCGACAUGAACGAACAUUCGUCCAGGUCUCACGCCCUGUUCCUGAUCACAGUGGAGUGUGGCCAGCCGGGUCCAGAUGGGAGAAAGCAUAUCCGGGUUGGUCGCCUCAACCUAGUGGAUCUGGCUGGUAGUGAGCGCCAGGCUAAGACAGGCGUCCAAGGGGAACGUUUAAAAGAAGCUGCAAAGAUAAACCUUUCUCUGUCUGCAUUGGGGAACGUGAUAUCAGCGCUCGCGGAUGGGCGUAGUGGCCAUGUGCCGUACCGGGACUCAAAGCUGACCCGUCUAUUGCAGGACUCACUAGGUGGGAACGCCAAGACUGUCAUGGUUGCCACUCUAGGCCCCUCUUCCCAACACUAUGACGAAACCCUCACCACCCUCCGCUACGCCAACCGAGCCAAGAACAUCCAAAACCAGCCUAGAGUCAACGAGGACCCCAAAGACGCACUCCUCAGAGAGUUCCAGAGUGAAAUUGCUCGGCUUCGGGCCCAGCUCAACCACAGGAAGUGGAGGAGCCAGCAGAAGAAGGAGCAGGUGGACGGCGAGGGAGAUGAAGACGCCGAGUGUGAAGAGGAGGUGGAGAAGGAGGCAGAGGACUACGUGAAGCAAGAGGAGCAGCGCCUGGAGAGGGAGAAGGAGGCCAUCAGAGGCGAUAGAUCCCUGAUGGCUGAGGAAAAGCACAGGCUUCUUGGGGAGAAGGAGAGGAUGAUGGGAGAUCUCCGGAAGGAGCAGGAAGCCAACGAGCAGCUGACUGCCAAGUACAAGGCAAUGGAGAGCAAGCUGCUGGUCGGUGGAAAGAACAUCAUAGAUCACACCAAUGAGCAGCAGAAGAUGUUAGAGGGGAAAAGGCACGAGAUAGCUGAGCAGACACGCAGAGAGAGGGAGAUGCAGCAGCAGAUGUUGGUGCAGGACGACGAGACACUGGAGCUGAGGGAUACUUUUACUUCUCUGCAGCAAGAGGUCGAGGCAAAGACCAAGAAACUCAAAAAGUUGUAUGCCAAGCUUCAGUGCAUCAAAGCUGAGAUCCAGGAUGUGAAUGAUGAACACGUGAGGAGCCGCCAGGAGCUGGAGCAGACGCAGAAUGAACUCACCAGAGAGCUCAAGUUCAAGUAUCUGAUCAUCGAGAACUUCAUCCCUCCGGAAGAGAAGAAUAAGAUCAUGAGCAGAAUGACCUUUGACACCGAAGAGGACCAGUGGAAGUUCCAGCCUCUCGUUCCCACCGAGAGUAAACCUUUACAGAUGAAGAAACGGCCGACAUCAGCGGUGGGAUACAAACGACCCCUCAGCCAGUACGCCAGGGUUGCCAUAACGUUGGGGGUUAAUACCAGAUUCAGGGCGGAGAACAUCAUGUUUCUGGAGCUGGACAUGAACCCUCCAAACACCAACUCCCUGGGUCGCCUAAAGGAGACGGAGGGGAACCAAAGCUCCUCCGUGGACAGCUCGCCUACCAAUGAUGGAGGGCUACACAAAUCUCGCUCCUGGUGUCAAAGCCAAAAAUCUAUCACUUCUUCCUCCUCUAAUGUUUCCCUGACUUCUUGCACUACGGCUGUGCCCGCAGCAGCGCAAUGAAGAUUUUUUUUUUUUUAACCCCGUAUUUAUUUUAACGCAGUUUUGGUGCUGGGACGGUCAACACAAAAUAUAAACUCUUUUAUCUUUUUUUGCGGGAAACUAAAGGACCUUACAAAAACGUAUCAUUCCGUUGCAUGUGAUCGAGUCUCUUAAUGUUUCGAUAAAUGACGUGUGUGUGUGUGCGUGUGUGUGUGUGUGUGUGUGUGUGUGUGUGUGUGUGUGUGUGUGUGUGUGUGUGUGUGUGUGUGUGUGUCACCAAAGUGGCUUUUAACCUGUGUAUGAUAUCUGUGUACAUAUUUCAUGUGUUUGUGUCUUCUAGGGUAAAACGAAAUGCCAUCAUGCAUUCCUUCAAAGGGUUAACGUCCUGUUUGUGUUGCGCAGUAGGAAACGUGUCGCGUUCAGUGGCAGCUAAUUUGGAAACCAUGGUCACAAUGUCUACCGUAUUGACCCGAAUGUGAGACAACUCUUCUCUUUCAAAACCUGUUUUUGGGAAAAAAAUUGGACAACAUUUGAAUAUCAGAUGACACAAUUUUUCAUGAACCCCACUUCAUUGAUCAUUAUUAGCCUAAAAUUAGCACCAUAACUCCGUCUCUAUUGUUUGCUAACUUGCCCGACCUUUGAGACUCUCUUUUUCACGGGUGUCUGUCACUGGUGAUUACUGUGAGUGACAGGAAGAAAAUCUCUAACUUGCUCGGUGGGGAGAUGCCAUUUGGGUCAAUACGGUAAUUUAAAUGAUAGUAGAGGAUGCCUUAAAAUCUAACCAAAAGGGAAAAAAAACACAUUUUAUUAUUUUACAGUUCAGGUCAUAAUAAAGUAAAAUCACAGAUAAAAUACUGUAUAAUACUGUACAAAGCGCUGUACAAAACAUAGGUGAAGUAAAACAAUUCAAUUUAAAACCACAGGGGCAACAUCAUAAAAAGGAUACAAAGUGGAUUAAAAUGAUAGUUAAAAGGUGCAUUAACUAAAAGCUUUACUAAAAAGAGAAGUUUUCAAAUGUUCCUUAAAAGUUUCUUCAACAUAGUCAUGAUCACGGAGGGACUGGUGCAAAUUGUUCCAGAGUCUGGGAGCUGUAGCCUGGAAUGCCUGAAAAACGAGUUUUUGGGAUCUUUAGAAGACCCUGGUCUGAAGACCAGAGGCUGCGCCCUGAAGAGUAAUAAAGAAUCAGAAAUGUGUUUUCAUAAAAGUAUCAAUAACUAUUCAUGAUAUCGAUAAAAACUAUUUAAAAAAACUAACUUGCCCGACCUUUGAUUUUUUAUGGGUGAUGACUGUGAGUGACGGGAAGAAAAGCUUUGACUUGCUUGGGGAUAUGUCAUUCGGCUCACUACGGCAAAAGGGGUGCUCGAAAAAAUUUAAUUCACAUCUGAAUCGCGAUACUUAUUCAUCCCGAUUCUAGAUGGAUUCAUAAUUUUCAAAAAUCAGUAAAAAAAAAAAUUUUUUUUUUUUUUUUUUUAAAGGCCUACUGAAAUUACAUUUUUUUAUUGAAACGGGGAUAGCAGAUCCAUUCUAUGUUUCAUACUUGAUCAUUUCGCGACAGUGCCAUAUUUUUGCUGAAAGGAUUUAGUAGAGAACAUCGACGAUAAAGUUCGCAACUUUUGGUCGCUGAUAAAAAAAGCCUUGCCUGUACCGGAAGUAGCGUGACGUCAAAGGUUGAAAGGCUCCUUACAUUUCCCCAUUGUUUUCAAAGCAGCGAGAGCGAUUCGGAACGAAAAAGCGACGAUUACCCCAUUAAUUUGAGCGAGGAUGAAAGAUUUGUGGAUGAGGAACGUGAGAGUGAAGGAUUAGAGUGCAGUGCAGGACGUAUCUUUUUUCGCUCUGACCGUAACUUAGGUACAAGCUGGCUCAUUGGAUUCCACACUCUCUCCUUUUUCUAUUGUGGAUCACGGAUUUGUAUUUUAAACCACCUCGGAUACUAUAUCCUCUUGAAAAGGAGAGUCGAGAAUGCGAAAUGGACAUUCACAGUGACUUUUAUAUCCACGACAAUACAUCGGCAAAACACUUUAGCUACGGAGCUAACCUGAUAGCAUCGGGCUUAACUGCAUAUAGAAACAAAAGAAAUAAGCCCCUGACUGGAAGGAUAGACAGAAAAUCAACAAUACUAUUAAACCAUGGACCUGUAACUACACGGUUAAUGCUUUCCAGCCUGGCGAAGGUUAACAAUGCUGUUGCUAACGACGCCAUUGAAGCUUAGCAACGGGACCUCACAGAGCUAUGCUAAAAACAUUAGCUAUCCACCUACGCCAGCCAGCCCUCAUCUGCUCAUCAACACCCGUGCUCACCUGCGUUCCAGCGAUCGACGGUGCGACGAAAGACUUCACCCGAUCACCGAUGCAGUCGGCGGCUAGCGUCGGAUAGCGCGUCUGCUAUCCACCUCUAAGUCCUCCUGUUUGUGUUGCUGCAGCCAGCCGCUAAUACACCGAUCCCACCUACAACUUUCUUCUUUGCAGUCUUCAUUGUUCAUUAAACAAAUUGCAAAAGAAUUACCAACACAGAUGUCCAGAAUACUGUGGAAUUUUGAGAUGAAAACAGAGCUUUUUGUAUUGGAUUCAAUGGAGUCCGAAUACUUCCGUUUCAACGAUUGUCGUCACGCGCAUACGUCAUCAUACAUAGACGUUUUCAACCGGAAGUUUAGCGGGAAAUUUAAAAUUGCACUUUAUAAGUUAACCCGGCCGUAUUGGCAUGUGUUGCAAUGUUAAGAUUUUAUCAUUGAUAUAUAAACUAUCAGACUGCGUGGUCGGUAGUAGUGGCUUUCAGUAGGCCUUUCAAGAAUACAUUUUUUAAAAUACGUUUUAGGCCAUCUUCAUGCUUACUUGCUGCGCAUAAAAGUCAUAUGUCAGCAACCAAAAGAAGGUUUUGUAAUCUGUAAAUGUUUUAUUAUAAAUAUUUUAUCAAUUAAUACAAUAUGAGAAUCGUCACCCCAAGAAUCGGAAUCGUAUCGAAACGUGAGGUGCCCAAAGAUUGUAAUUUAAAUGACAAGAGUAUCGGAUGCCCUUACCUGAAAUCUAAUUAAAAGUAAAAAACAUGUUUUGUUAUAUUUCAGUUCAAGUCUUACAAAUAUAUUUAGAAUUAUAGUAUAAUAUAAUUAUCAAUAUUGAUAAUAUAGGUGAAGAUUAUUUCAAACAACCAAAACAUCCUUCUGAUACAAUACAAUGUUAGGUUUACGUACAUAAUAACGCAUAUGUAUUUAGACAAUGGGACAUUUAUUUAAGAAGUGUGUAUAUAAAUAUAUAUAUAUGAUAAUGGAUAAAUCUAUUAAUUGUUACAAAUGUGCUGGAUUACUGGCAGCAAUUUAAACCAAUACUACUAGUUUGUGAUCUAAACAGGAGUUCAGAACAGCCACAUGGGGAAAAAAAUAAAAUAAAUAUUGUUAAUACAAAAAAGAACACAUUGGGCAACUUACUGUAAAACAGACCUAAAGGUCAGCAGAACCAUGUGACUUCUCCUAGCCAAUCAGCGUAAAGAAAGAUUAUAAUGCCAUAUUAUGAAAGAAAGAAGUGUAUAUUAUAGAAAUAUUUACAUUAUUUGGAGAUAUUAAAAGAAAAAAAGAUACAAUGUAAAUGUGUUUCCAUCAAACUCUAGUGCACACAGCAUACAAACCAGACAUUUUUAGACACGUGAGUGGCGGUCACUGAGCAUAUCUGAGCACCUAAUUGACCCAGUUUUUUUCCAGGAAGAACUGAUUCACCCAAAUGUUCACGUUGAGUGUCGUCCAAUGAAAGUGAAAGUAGAAGUAAAUGCAAUUGACCUUUAAAAACAGGAAGUACUGUAGUGAUUGUGUGAUGAAUACUAAACGUGCAAAGCGAGAGGAUUGUUUUGAUUAGGUUACAGAUGAAAGAAAACUACGAGUCAGGGUAGAUUUUCAUUGUGUAUGUUUAAUAAUGCUUUUUAAAAAAAUUAUUUAUUGGAUUUUAUCCGCUAUUCAUACAUUUAAACUCUGAUGGUAACAGCAGGGUGAAUGUGAUUGCUCUUUACACAUGGUCUCCUUGUUAUACACGUGUCCGUUCUGUGUCGGGAUUGUAAAAUAUCACAUGCCGAUGGAGGAGGGUAGGAAAAAGAGGAAAAAGGAUGGGAGGGGGGGUGGAUGUAGUGAGCCAAAGACAAUCAGGAAGUGAGGAAGGACUGUGGAGGAGGUGGAUACGGAGCCAGUCUCCAUGGUAACCUGCCAGUGGAGGGAUUGGAUGGUGGGGGGGUCGCGUAUAUCUCUAUGUGGUUGUAAAAAAGCUGAGCUCGUCUGUCUUGAUUGGGGGGAAACACUAAUAAAAACAC